CAUAUAUUUCCGACAAAACGCCACUGCAUCAAGCGCUUUGUAAAACUGCUUCCGCGAAUAGAUUUAUCUAUUAACAAUGAAUGUUAUAAUGCGCACAGUGUCGGUGUAAAUCGUUUAAAACUAAUUACAUACAACGAGCUACAAUAUCAUUUUUCGUGAAAUUACAUCAGCGAGAAAUAACGGGUUUCAGAUUAGAAUAGGCAGACAUGAGUGUCGACGUGGAGUUAAAUAACUUAGAAGACGCUCUCAAAACCCGCCUAAAUGGAAAAAUCACCAAACAAACAGUUACCCGUCUGACCCCGCCGGGUGAAAAUUUUUGCAGUUUAAUUCUGAAGGUGGACCUGGAUACCGAAGAAAAUGGAAAAAAGGAAACGGUGCACACCGUCGUCAAGUUAUUACCGUUGCAGGAGAAGUUUAAGGAAAUGUUUCGAAGUUGCAUGAAAAACGAAAUACAGUGGUAUUCGAAAAUUAUUCCGCUGUUUAAAGAGUUUCAGGAAGAGUGCGGAUUCGAAGAAACCUCCGACUUCUUUCCGGAAAUGUACGGGGGUCGGUUAAGCUUGGAUUCACAAAAAACUGAACCUGAUGAUGAUUCCAUCUUAGUUUUAGAAAAUCUUAUUGUUGACGGUUACAAAAAUGAAGAUAGGUAUAUCGGGUUUGAUCUGAAGACCAGCAAAAACAUCCUUAGAAGACUCGCCACUUUCCACAUGGGUUUCAUUGCCAUGAAAUUAAAGAAACCGGAACUCUUUGAAAAAGAGGUUAAAACAUAUUUGGAAGAAAUGAAACCUCCCCCACCCCCGAAGGACGGAGGGGAUCCGUUUCCCAACCCCAACGAAUAUAUUCUAAAAGCCAUCGGUGAAAAUCCAGAGUGUUCUCCCCUAAUUUCAAAACUCGAAGUAGUCUUGCAGCACGAUUUCUUUAAAACGGUUCCGGAAAUAGUAGAGCCAUGGGCCACAGUGAGCCACAGCGACUUUUGGGUCAACAAUAUCAUGGUAAAAUACGAAGGGGAUGAUGUUAAGAUUAAAUUUGUCGACUUCCAAAUGUGCCGCUAUCGAUCUUUCGCAUUCGACUUGAUCUUCUUUCUGUUGACCAGUGUUCAAACCCCAAUACAAAAACAAUAUUUCGAUGAAUUAAUCAGGUAUUACUAUUUCGAAUUCGUAAAAAAUUUGAAGCUGUUCAAAGUGGAUCUUUCACUGAGCUAUGAAGAAUACUUGGAGGAAUUAAAAACUGCAGCGUCAUUUGAGGUACACCACUCGAUUUUCUUUAGCACUAUAAUAUUUGGCACUAAGAACGCCGAAUACGAUUACUCCACCGAUGUUAAUUUUGAUCCUGGAAACCAUAUGUUGUCGAUGGUGAAAAGCAUGCCUCCAAAUCAGAAGGAGAAAAUGGCCGUAAUGACAUUAUUGGCUGCCAAGAGAGGUUGGCUGGACUAGUGAAUGAUAUAUAGUUUAAUAAAAUAUGUAUUUAAAAUUGCAAUAAAUACUUCGAUUUUCUUCCUAA